UCCUGAAGUGACCAGGAUUAAGGAUCCCAGACCUGGGCACAGAACUGGCGUGGUAAAUGAGUGACGGCUCCAGAGAGGGGUUUUCCCUGUCGUUUACCAUUUCCCGGCAGCCACUGAUCAUCAGGAGGCAGGGCCUCGCUGCAAGGUGCCAAGGCAGCAAGAAUGGGUACUUUCAGCGCUGACUUCUGGGAAUGUUUGCUGCAAUUACCCCCUCCUAUGGCUCGGAAACACAGAUUUGGAAACACUCGCAUUGCGCAAUGCCCUGCCCAGAGCUGCCACCCACAGCCUGGGUACCACCCACCCACCUAGCGGCAAUAAAAGGGAUGGAGAGCAAGAGCAUCAGCAGGGACCUGCGAGGAGCACAUCCCCAGGUACAUCAGCUACAUCCAGGUACAUCAGCUGUCCGUGUGCUGCAGAGAUGGUGCGAGCAACUCCCUUCCUCCUCGUGCUCUUCCUGGCCCUGGGGGCUCACGGCUUCUCCGUGAAAAAGUGCUCCCUGACCGGGCGCUGGGUCAAUGACCUGGGCUCCAACAUGACCAUCGCUGCAGUGAAUGGAAAUGGUAACUUCGCUGGCACGUACCACACAGCUGUGACAGCCACCAACAACGAGAUCAAGGUGUCACCACUGCAGGGAUCCAUGCAGAAGGGCUCUAACCAGAAGGGUCAGCCUACCUUCGGCUUCACUGUAAACUGGAGCUUUUCAGACUCCAUCACUGUUUUCACGGGCCAGUGCUUUGUGGAUAGUGAAGGAAAGGAGGUUUUGAGGACCAUGUGGCUGCUGAGAUCACGUGUGGAGAACAUCAAUAAUGAUUGGAAAGCCACCAGGGUUGGCACCAACAUCUUCACCCGCCUGCCAUUCCAGGAGUGAGAGCCUGGGGCAUUCCCAGGUCAGCUGCAGUGCCAGGGAUGUGGCCCCUGCCCCUGCAGCACCACCUGCUUCUCUUUCCCAGUAAAGCUUUUCUGCAAAUA